AUGUUUAGCGAAGCGAAGCGACCGACUAAGAACUCACGCUUUGGCCACGGAGAUCUUGACUUCAUCGCAGACGACGUUUUCUGCUUUGGGAACGAGACCAAUCUUCUGGAGUGUCGCCAUGGCAACUGGUGGGGGUCGAACUGCGACAAGAGAGAAGUGGCGGGAGUCAUCUGUCUGCGGGAAGAAGUUAAUCUGAUAGACGUUGGUCCUGAGGUCCCUCAGCCAGUAUACGACUUCUGUUACCUUGGAAACGGGGAUUCGUACCGUGGCAACCACAACUCGACGGAAAACGGCGCCCCCUGUCUGAAGUGGAGUGAAACACUCGAUAAACCAUAUAACACCCGGCGCUACAGCGACGGAGAGCGUGGGAUAGGCGACCACAACUACUGCCGCAACCCGGACGGCGACUCGCGCAUCUGGUGCUACGUGGCCGGGGAGGAGCGGUACGACUAUUGCGACCUGUUCCAAUGUAACGUUGACUGUUAUACCGGAGAUGGACGGGAGUACCGGGGAAAUCGGAACACAGACCGGGACGGGAACCUGUGCGUGGGGUGGGGCCAGGUGGGCGCCCUGUCACACGGCAGUCCAGGUAACCACAACAAGUGCCGUAACCCCACCGAUGCUGCAGAGCCUUGGUGCUACAUCCGGGAGGGUGAUGACGACUUCCGGCCCUCACCCUGUGGCCUGACGAAGUGCAGUAACCCGGAUUAUGAAGCUAGAUCAGCCAGCUGCCGGGGAGAAAGGUUCAGAUGCGAAUCUGACAGACUGUGCAUCCCUGCACUGUUCCGGUGUGAUCAUGACGUAGAUUGUGAGGAUGGUAGCGACGAAGAUGGGUGCGAUGACGGAACAGUUGGCGGAUACCGCUUGUACCGCCAGGCGGCGCUAAAGGUCCGUCCGCAGGUGCACGUGUACCACCAUGUGGACCCAGAGACAUGUAUGCAGCACUGCGCAGCCGCCAAUGACGUCAUCUUCACCUGUCGGUCCUUCGACUACAACAAGGAACAUCGGUCCUGCGCACUGUCGUCCUUUAAUAUCGAUGCUGCUGGGGGAUUAGACAGAGGAGUGGACUUCGACAUGUUCGACCACUACGAACGGCUGGAACACGUCGGCAACUUCAACUGCACGCUCCUGCCCGACGGGCCGUAUUUCCAGUGUGGGAACGAGAGGUGCGUGCAAGAGCGCCUGGUGUGCGAUGGGAACGACGAUUGUGGUGACUUUACCGACGAGGAAACUUGUGGUGACCAGGUGCCGUUUGAAGUCCGCCUGACGGGAGGGUUCUCGUGGUUCCAAGGUCGUGUGGAGGUCAGGCACAACGGGACCUGGGGACUGAUCUGUGAUGAUUCUUGGGAUAUCCGGGACGGUCACGUGGUGUGCCGGGAGCUGGGAUUCCCACUAGGAGCGGAAUGGACCGACGUGCGGUCCCGGUUUGGCGGGAACAGUCUCGGGUUCCUGCUGGAUGAGGUGGUGUGUGACGGGACCGAGUCGUCCCUGGCACAGUGUGAGCACGACCCGUGGGGACAGCACGACUGCAGCUUCUUUGAGGUGGCAGGGGUCAGAUGUCGUCUGGGAGAACCGGAAGGUAAGGUCAGGGUUAGGUGUCGACUGGACAAAGGUUCAGGAAGUGACGAAAGGUUCUGCGGGUUCCCACCACCUACACCGAAGCCAACACCUGUAGAACCUCGUUCCCAGGAACUCCCAUGUGGCACCACGGCCCACCUCCCGGCCCUGCGGGUUAAACGGUCACGUGACUGGGAGUUCGUUGAGCCCACGGGCGGUCAGGAAGGUCAGGAAACAGAAGGGCCCAUGUUAGCCUCUAUCGUAGGGGGCUGGCCUGCCCGGAAAGGAGAGUUCCCAUGGCAGGUAGCCAUUCUGGAGGACGGAAAGUACCACUCAUGUGGGGGUGUUCUGAUCGACAACUGCUGGGUUCUGACGGCCGCGCAUUGCUUCGAACAAUACCCCAACAAGACAUACAGCAUCGUGGUGGGAGACUUGAGCAAAAGGGUUGAAGAGGGAACAGAGCAGGAGUUUGAGAUCCUUGUGGUCCAUGUUCACGAGAAUUACACAGAGGAGGUGACAGAUUCCAACGAUUACGACAUCGCCCUUUUACGGCUCCGUAAGAAGAACGGCCGGUGCGCCCAGCUGACUGACCACGUGCGCACGGCCUGCCUGCCAACCUCCGCUAACCAGUUCCCUGACGGGUACAAGUGUGUCAUCAGCGGAUGGGGGAACACCAACACAGAUGACUUCAGCCCCAAUACGCUGAUGAAAGCCCGUGUGCCACUGCUCCCCCAUGCGGAUUGUAGUCGUCGUUACAGGAACAAGAUGACCCCGAGAAUGUUGUGCGCCGGCUACCUGCAGACAGGCGGUGUCGACACAUGUAACGGAGACUCCGGCGGCCCGCUGGUGUGUGAGCGCGACGGCAGGUGGACGGUGUGGGGCAUCACGUCCUUCGGCUUCGGCUGCGCCUCCCCGGGCUUCCCUGGUAUCUACAGCCGCGUGGUCAACUUCCUGCCCUGGAUCAAUAACAUCAUCGGGGAAAUCGUACAUCUACCUUAGGGGGAUUGUCUGUAUGGGGAUAUAGAGCUUCACAUCAGACGAUCAACAACAUCGAUAUCAUCGGGAAAACCGUACAGCUACCCUAGGGGGCUUGUUUGUAUGGGGAUAGAGAGCUUCACAUCAGACGAUCAACAGCAUCAUCGGGUAUCUACAGCCGCGUACAGCUACCUUUAGGGGGGCUUAUCUGCAUGGGAUAUAGAGCUUUACAUCAUACAAUCAACAGCAUCAUCGGGGAAUCGUAUAGCUACCUUAGGGGGAUUGUCUGCAUGGAUAUAGCUUCACAUCAGACAAUCAACAGCAGCAUCGGGGAAAUCGUACAGCUACCUUUGGGGGCUUGUCUGCAUGGAAUAUAGAGCUUCACAUCAGGCAAUCAACAGCAUCAUCGGGGAAAUCGUACAACUACCUUAGGGAGCUUGUCUUAAUGGGAUAGAGAGCUUCACAUCAGACGACAUUUGUGGCUACAAUAAAACACUCUGCAAAUUACGUCUCAGUCUGAAAUUUCUGCAGCAAACCGCGCGCACAACUUUUCUGCGCCUUAAAAAUAACGCAUUCGUAAAAAUGCCGCCGCUUUGUUUCAAAACGACAAGAAGAAUUUCUGGGCUUCAAGUUCAA